AUGAGAAGCCCCCCCUCUGCAGGCCAGCCCCGUCAGGCUCCCCACGCAGCCACACACCCGCCUCGCGACCGCCCCGCCGGAGGCGCCCCUCAGCCCCGCCGGGCCCGCCCGCCGCCGCAGGGGGAAGGCGAGGAGGAAGCGGCGGCGGCCGGCAAAGGAGACCCCGCGGGGCAGCGCCUCCAGGGCCCGCUGCCCCGCGCCGCCCACCCAGCUCUGCCGCUCCCGGAACAACGGCCCACCCGUGCCGCGGGCCCGGGGAUGGAGGGAGGGAUGGAGGGAGGGAUGGUUGGAGGGAUACCUGCCUGCCUGCCUGGUCCCUCCCCUCACCCGCCAUCCCACCUCACCCGCCGCCACCCUCGCUCCGCUCCGCUCCGCUCCGCACAGGGCGCGGCUCGCGCCCGCUGCCUGCCCCGUUUGAAUGCGCCGGGCCCACAGAGAUUGGCUCCUGAGAGGACCUACGUCAGAAGGGGGCGGCCGCGCGCGCCCCGCCCCGCCCCCCCGCGGGUGUCCCCCGCUCCGUGGCGGUGCCGCCGCCGGCACCCCGCGGGCACUCGGCGGGCGGGAGGCCCGGCUCUGACCCGCCCCGCCCGCCAGUCCGCCAACAGCGCCGGCCUCGGAACCCAGCGCGUCCCGCAGCGGAAACCGCGGGGCGCCGACAAGUUUGGUGGCUGCAGGACGGGAAAGGCUAUCGAGUCCCGCCUCGUGACGUCCCCGCAAGGAGCAAAAGCUGCUCUCUUGCCGCAGGAUGCACGCGUGUUAGAAGAGAUCUGGCAUUUAUAA